CGACCUUUAUAAGUUCGAAAGACAAUGUAGACUUCCAGUCAGCAUCUUCAAUCCAGAGUUUACACAUCAAGGCAGUGGUUCAGUGUUGUUGCUUCUUAAAGAGUAAUCUACUUGUUGCGCUCUACAAUGCUAAGCGAUAAAUCAAAUACUUACAAACUGUCUGAGGAGCAAAAACAAUUCUAUGAAGACAAUGGAUACUUGGUUAUUAAGGAACUAUUUGAUUUCGCAACACUUUAUAACAUAAAAAAGAGAUUUCAAGAUAUCUGCAAAGGAACCGUCGACAAAGGUAACGCACUAGUAUACAAAGAACCAGCGCUCGUGGCUAAGGGUCUGAAGGGAGAAGACGCUAUCAAUAAGAUAUCUGAACUUCAACAUGAUGAGGUUUUCUCGACUUUCUCUGAAGACCCUCGUCUGCUCCACAUCCUGUCCCAGUUCCUCGGAGGAGACGUCAGCGUCAUGAGCAGUAUGGUCAUCAACAAGCCCCCAGGAAGUGCCAGACAUCCGCCGCAUCAGGACCUGUAUUACUUUCCGUUCCGGCCAGCGGAGAAGAUCAUAGCAGCCUGGACGGCCAUCGACGAUGUCACAGUAGACAAUGGAUGUCUUUAUGUUGUGCCAAAAUCACAUAAGAACAAUAUUUUGUACAGGCAUGGAAACUUACUCGAAUCCAACAAACUUUUCCACGGCAUCUUGGAGGCCGCCGCUCCCUGUGAGCCGAGGGUCUGCCUGGAGAUGUCUCCCGGAGACACCGUCUUCUUCCAUCCUCUCAUCGUUCACGGCUCCGGGGAAAAUAGAACACAGCGAUAUCGUAAGUGUAUAACGGGACACUUCGCGAGCCCGGCUUGUUACUUCAUCGACGUCACGGGAACUGUGCAGGAGGCACUCAAGGACGAAAUAGAGGAGGAGAUACGGAAAUACGGAUUUACGUUCAGCUUCCAGGACUUUUUUAAAUACAAGAGCAAGGUCGUUUUAAGGUCAUCGUCCAAACUAUGACUCGCUGGAGCGCAGGGAACGGGUGUGGAGGUCAGCGGCGGGGAAAUAAAAUAAACGGCAUUAAAACUUA